AUGUCGCGGUAUCUCACGCCGGCCAAGGUUGGCCUUCUCGUUCUGGUCGAGCUUUACGUUGAAGAGGCGAUCCCUGGUGAUGCAGUCGUGCCUGUCCUGUCAUUCAUUGCAUCUCAUCUAACAGGCUACGAUCCAAAUGGGCCUUCUACAAGCCAGGCGAUGAGGUGGGCAAAGGCUGAGCGCGCCGUUAGUCUGGUCAUCUCCAUCAAAGACUUUGAAAAGCUUCUCAGCAGUUACCCAUUCUUGAUGAGCUUACCCGGGAAGAGACUAUGGGACCAGUUCCUCAAUAAGCUGUGGGGAAUCGAUUCGCUCCAUGCGCUUGAAGAAUUCUUCGAGCAUCUUUCGUCGACCUUGCCCAAGACAAAGGAAGAGCUUCGGAAAGAAGGAUUAGACCCCGAUGAGCCAGAGCCCGGCAUCAAGCUAUCUCACAACUCUCCUCUUGGUGCUUUCGUCCGCAGAGCCCGCCUUGAAUACCAACGUCUGCAGUUCCAUGACUGUACAGAGCUAUGGAAGGACUUUGUCCGCUAUCGACAGCCAACAUCUCACUACCAGAAACGUAAGAAUCCGGACUUUGGCAGAUACAGCUUCGACAAUGUGCUGCUGCGCGGCGAGUUGGAGGACUGGGACGUUGACAAAGUUGCGAGCUUGGCAUCAGUAGCAUAUGGGGACAUGCUGGCGGGUGAUCGCACUGGAACUCUGCCUGUCAGCCUAGAAGACGUGGAAAACUUGCUAGACUUUCAGAUUGAGCAGAUGCAGAAGUACGGCAACAGAAUACCUCUAGAGAUUCGGCACCAGUUUCACGACCUCCUUAACGAUACUUUCAUGAUCCCAAGUCUCACACACUAUAUCACCUUCCUUGACGCUUGGAGAGCCGGAGAUUAUCCAACGGCAUUCGACUUUCUGCACCGGUAUUUCGACUACACAAUGCAUCAUCGUGAUCGUCUCUUUUACCAGUACGCGCUGAUGAACUUGGCUGUUUUGCAAGCCGAUUUUGGCUGUUAUAAGGAAGCCAUGACGGCGAUGCUCGAGACAGUAGCCACGGCGAGAGAAAACCGAGAUAUGACUUGCCUCAAUUUCUCCCUGAAUUGGCUAUUCCACUUUGGACAGGCACAUCCAGAUCUCAUCCGUGACCUCCAGUCGGACAACUUGCUCGGCACGGGGAAGGAAACACUGGCCUUCCUCCGAGUCAAGGCUAGAGAAGCUGGGAUGUGGACACUCUGGAGUUCUGUGCUGCUUAGCGAGGCAAAACUUUGUCUUAUCAAUGGCGACAGCAUUGCAACCACUUUUGAGCACAUGGUACGAAGUUCACAGAUCAUCGUGGAGAAAAAUAUGAAGGGCAUGUUUGGGGCGCACCUUGGUUUGUCCUCGUCGCUCUGGGGUAGGCUCGGCCUGGGUCAUCUCGCCGCCGCCUCGUGUGAGAUCUUUUUGCGGUGCCACACAUACCAUUCCAUGUUCGAUGAUGAGCUCAAGAUGAUAAGUCGGUUUUCACUUGCGCUUCUAGAGCAAGGGAAAUACGGCGAGGCCAUGGAAAUCCUCGACAAGGCCGACGAAAACUCGUUGCGCUCGUGGAAGCCCAGCCAGUAUUGGUAUAAGUACAGAGGGAUUAUACGGCUCAGAAGAGAUUUACACCGCAACAACCUGGAUGGUGCGGAGCAGCUAUUGGAUCAGUUUCUCCAAUCUAAAGGCGAUGAUUUCGAACCUGACCUAGCAUUCGUAAUCGACACCGCGCAUAUAGACUACUUGACACGCCGUGGAGACUUGUCAUCAGCCUCCGACAAAGUAGACAAGCUGAUAUCGGAGCUCCAAGAUGAGAAUAGGGACAUAUGCCUACGCGUAAAGGCACUUCUUAUCAAAGUUUCGCUCUUAGAUCAUUGUGGGCGGCCUCAGCGUGCGUUUUCAAUUGCCCUCCGGGCGGCAAACCUGUCUCUGCGAGCGCGGCUGAUAUCUCUGCUCUGGGCCGCAAUCGGCGCGAUAUCCAAUAUCCUGGUAUCCAUGGGCGAGUUCGAAGCUGCCACACAGCUUCUCACCGCCAUAUUACCGCGGAGCCUGGAAUGUGAAUCUCCGGCUCUCACAGCCAAACUAUACGCUUACCUUGCUGAUGCCAAUAUGGGGCUGGCGGGCCAAGAAAGUGAGGCGUCCAAGGCAGCUAUCAAGCGACGCGAUGAGUAUUUGAAUAGAGCGGCAAUGGCAGUACAGAGGGCAUUUGAUGAGUAUUCCAGUAUUGAAGAUAUCACCAGCCAAUGUGAGAUGAUGGCGAAGAAGGCUGUAAUCAUGAAAGUGUUGGGAGAUAUGGCCCUAGCUGCGGAUUACGCUUCGGCAUAUGUUGAGCUCAAGAAGAAGGCUGAGUCACUGGGCUUACAUAGGGGAGAAACCGGAUAG